AGAAGACGAGCGCAGUGUCUUGUGAACUUCCUGCUGAAAGCAGAAGGAGGCGGAGCUAUAAGAAAAGCCGCCACGGUGAUACUGUAAAACAAAAAUAAAAAUAAAACUCCUCACAUCUCUUCUACUGUCCGUGGGCGAAAGCCUGUCCUCUGCAGAGCGAUGCUGACUUUGUCUUUUCAGUGAGCUGAGCUCAUCGUCUUGAAGCAAACUGUGACAGGACAGCUGGACACAAGAGGAACCCAUCAUGGAUACCUGUCAGAAGAGAGCCACUGCCGUAUCAGAUGACUCAACAGAAACCAGCAGGACAGACCUGAGGACCAAUGAGAAGAAAUGUUCUUGGGCCUCUUACAUGACGAACUCUCCAACUAUGAUCGUGAUGAUUGGUUUGCCUGCCAGGGGCAAAACAUACAUGUCUAAAAAGCUGACACGUUACCUCAACUGGAUUGGAGUUCCCACUAAGGUGUUUAAUCUUGGAGCUUACAGGAGAGAAGCAGUGAAGUCAUACAAGUCUUAUGAAUUUUUCAGACAUGACAAUGAAGAGGCAAUGAAAAUUAGAAAACAGUGUGCAAUUGUGGCUCUGCAGGAUGUCAAGACCUAUCUGAAUGAAGAAGGAGGCCAGAUUGCUGUUUUUGAUGCCACCAACACCACCAGAGAGAGGAGGGAACUCAUCAUGAAUUUUGCUCAGAAUAAUGCCUACAAAGUGUUUUUUGUCGAGUCAAUAUGUGAUGAUCCAGAUGUCAUUGCUGCAAAUAUCCUGGAAGUGAAGGUGUCCAGUCCAGAUUACCCAGAGCGACACAGAGAAAGUGUCUUGGAGGACUUUCUGAAGAGAAUAGAAUGUUACAAAGUCAACUACCAGCCUUUAGAUCCAGAUGAAUAUGACAAGAACUUGUCUUUCAUAAAGAUCAUCAACGUUGGCUGUUGUUUCUUGGUCAACAAGGUGCAGGACUACAUCCAGAGUAAAAUAGUCUACUACCUUAUGAACAUCCACGUUCACUCCCAUUCCAUCUACCUCUGUCGGCAUGGAGAGAGCAGUCACAAUGUGGAGGGUCGCAUCGGUGGGGAUGCGGAUCUGUCGGACAGAGGGAAACUGUUUGCAGCAGAACUGAAGAGUUUUGUGGAGGCCCACCAGCUGUCAGACCUGAAAGUUUGGACCAGCCAGCUGAAAUGUACCAUUCAGACUGCUGAGGGGCUGGGAGUGCCCUAUGAACAGUGGAAGAUCCUGAAUGAGAUCGACGCUGGAGUGUGUGAAGAAAUGACCUAUAAGAUGAUAGAGGAAAAGUAUCCAAAGCAGUUUGUCAUGAGAAGCAUGGACAAGUACCAUUACCGCUAUCCUGGAGGAGAGUCCUACCAGGACCUGGUUCAGCGGUUAGAGCCUGUUAUCAUGGAGCUGGAGCGCCAGGGUAAUGUGCUGGUCAUCUGUCAUCAGGCCGUUAUGCGCUGUUUGCUCGCCUACUUCCUGGACAAGAGUGCAGAGGACCUACCCUACAUAAAGUGUCCACUGCACAAAGUCCUAAAACUCAGCCCUGUGGCAUACGGGUGUAAUGUAGAAGUUUUUGACUUGAAGGUGGAUGCCGUCAACACUCACGUGGACCGACCAUUGAAUAAAGUUAGACCGGAUGCUGCUUCUCCAGCCUUUACCCGAUGCAACAGUUUCACUCCUCUGUCCAGCCAAGACCAGCUCAAGCGACCUCGUCUUUACAGCAUGGGCAACAAUCCACAGACUCACAUUUCCCAGCCUCCCAUGUUCCACAGCAUGAAAUUCUCUGAAGCAUCUAAAAUGGCAGAGUUACCACCAAGUGAGGAGGCUUUGAACGUUUAUGGUGCAGCAGAGAAACCGGACUUUGUUCAAAGUUAACGUGGGCUUUGCUCACCACAUCUGAGGACCAGAGCUAUAAAUGUCUCACCAGCUUCAGCUAUUGAAUGAAGCUCUGUUCCCUUUCAAAAUAUUUAUCAAGUCCUGCUUGUGUUAUCUUUUCAGUUUUGUUAUUUGACAGAGUGCAUAUUUAAAGUCUGUAAGAACUUCUUCAAAUCUGAGCUGUGAGCCAGCAAACAUUAUUACUGUAAGAUUCACUUAAAAAAAGAGAAUUAAAACCAGCCCAUUAGUUCCUAGAACACUCCACAUAUCGUAGUGUUUAGUCUUAUGUUGCAUUAGCUGUAGAACAUGUUGUUUUUUAAUUUUAUACCUUAUACCUUAGUAGAGGCUAUCGCUGUCACACUUUGUAAACGAGUGUAUUUACAGUGCAUCCGGAAAGUAUUCACAGCGAUUCACUUGUUCCACAUUUUAUUAUGUUGAAGUUCUACACACAAUACCCCAUAAUGAUAA